GUGGGGAGGGAGGAUGACGACCUGCUGCCGAGGCUCUGCUGUCUGUUGGAGUCCGGUCCUGCCCCGGGCUCUCUUGGGCUCAAGGGAAUCCCCUUCGGUGGAGUCGUGACAGAGGAGAAGGGCCCACGGGCAGCCCUGCGCCCCCCAGGCAGCGGUGAGCGGCGGCCGCUUCCAGCUAACUGCCGGCUUCAGGAAGAAGAGAGCUUCAAGUGUUCCUCAGAAGCUGGAGUUGCAGCCUGAUUUCUUUCUUGCCUUUUUAUUUUUUAUUUUUUUUUGAACGCGUGUCUCUUGGGGGAACGCUUUAGGAAUGGUCAUUUUUAGCAGUGAAAUCUGCUGCGCAAAGGAGGAUUAUAACAAAUCUCUAUGAAUGAUAGACUCGAUUGCUAAACCUUGCCUUGACCAACCUUCUGACCCUCGGAGAGAUCUCUCAGGGUGUGCGUGGGAAGCGAAAAAAAAAAACCCUCCCAUUUGAAAAUAAACUUGAAAACAAGACUAAUUUUUUUUUUUCCUGGACAGCCUAACUGCUUUAUAAUUACUUUUCCUCCUUCCAACUCCCCCCCUUUUUUUUUUUGUCUUGUUUUGUGAUAAGUUGUUUUUAAAAGAGUUGGUCUACAUGGUUGUUUUGUAACUGGAGAAGGAAGGAACCCUCUCCGGCAGUUCCGAUGUGACAGUUUUGGUUUCUGAAGAGAUAACUGGUGUUUGCAUGAUACACCUAUUGCUAGGCUUUGUAGUGGACUUUUCAUGCUUUUGUUUGCUUUUUUAUUAACUGGGGCUGGUGGAGAGGGUUAUCUUGGUCAGAAGAAUAUUUGCACAUUUAUCUCUUGUAUAUAUUUUUAGUGGGGUUCUCCCCACAUUUUACUCUCUCUUGAUGACUCCUGGAGGUGGUAGUGGGCCCAUGAAAGACUGUGAAUAUAGUCAGAUCAGCACACACAGCUCUUCGUCUCCCAUGGAGUCUCCCCAUAAGAAAAAGAAACCAGUACCCAAGAGAAAAUGGGAGGUUUUUCCUGGAAGAAACAAGUUUUUCUGCAAUGGGAGGAUCAUGAUGGCUCGACAGACUGGAGUCUUCUACCUGACUCUUGUUCUCAUCUUGGUCACCAGUGGACUCUUCUUUGCAUUUGAUUGUCCAUAUUUGUCAGAGAAGAUUACACCUGCUAUACCUGCAAUUGGUGGGAUUCUUUUCUUUUUCGUGAUGGGGACCCUGCUGCGUACUAGUUUCAGUGAUCCUGGUGUCCUCCCACGCGCAACACCAGAUGAAGCAGCAGAUCUAGAGAGACAAAUAGGUAACACUGAAGAUAUUGCAAAUGGCUCCAGUUCAGGAGGAUACCGCCCCCCUCCCAGAACAAAAGAAGUGAUCAUCAAUGGACAGACAGUGAAACUAAAAUACUGUUUUACUUGCAAGAUUUUCCGCCCACCUCGUGCCUCACAUUGCAGCCUUUGUGAUAACUGCGUAGAACGGUUUGAUCACCACUGUCCCUGGGUAGGCAACUGUGUGGGGAAAAGAAACUACAGAUUUUUUUAUAUGUUUAUUUUAUCUCUGUCCUUUCUGACAGUCUUUAUAUUUGCAUUCGUUAUCACCCACGUCAUCCUUCGUUCUCAACAAACAGGGUUCCUCAAUGCCCUGAAGGACAGUCCUGCAAGUGUGCUAGAAGCUGUGGUGUGUUUUUUCUCAGUGUGGUCCAUUGUUGGCCUCUCAGGUUUUCACACAUAUUUGAUCAGCUCCAAUCAAACAACAAAUGAAGAUAUUAAAGGAUCAUGGUCAAAUAAAAGGGGUAAAGAGAAUUAUAAUCCAUACAGUUACGGCAACAUCUUUACGAAUUGCUGUGCUGCGCUCUGUGGGCCACUCUCUCCAAGCUUAAUUGACAGAAGAGGAUUUAUACAGCCAGAUACACCGCAAUUAGCAGGACCAUCAAAUGGCAUUACUAUGUAUGGGGCCACACAGUCUCAGAGCAACAUGUGUGACCAAGAUCAGUGCAUUCAGAGCACUAAAUUCGUUUUGCAGGCCGCUGCCACCCCCUUACUACAGAGUGAGCCAAGCAUAACUAGCGAAGAGCUACCUUUACCAGGAAAGACUAUCAGUGGGCCUUGUGCAACUCUAACUCUAGGGCAACCAACACCACCAUCUUCUAUGCCAAAUCUCACAUCAGAUACAGGUUUGACAGACAUGAUACCAUUAAAAGAGGAACACGAAGGUCAUCAGUUUCUCACUCCCGAAGAAGCUCCAUCACCACCUGGGAUGCUGCCAAGUGGAAGUCCUAUUACACACAGCCAUACAAUGCACGUCCUGAGUCUAGCCAGCCAGGAUUCAUUGCAUGAAGACUCAGUACGUGGUCUCGUGAAGCUUAGCUCAGUUUGAACAGCUUUUUGAACCUCACACCGUUUCUUGGUGUCUAUACAAAUCUCUGCUUACCAGGAAUGACACUGCAGUGCCACUCUAAGACUUCAUAACAUGCCUAGAACGGAAACUUUCUCGUGUGAUGGAGUCUACUGAAAAGACAAGCUGUUUUUUCCAAUGGAGCUAUGGCAUCUUUCUCUUUUUUUUUUGGCCAGGUUCAUUAAUGGUUAUGCUUUGAUGGUGACUGCAUUCUAUUUUUAACCAAAACCAGAAACUGUCAAUAAUCCUGUUUCCUGAAGCUUGGCUACAGCAAGUUGGAAGUCAGCCUGUAACAAACACCAUGUACAGUACAAAUGAGAGAGAUUCUUGGAUGUGAGUGUCAUGCUCUGUGUUCUAUGCUCUUGUAAUGCACACUUGUUAAGGCUUACCACACUUGUGGCCAGGAUGAUCUGCACUUACAUGUUAUGCUACUAAUAUUUGAGAUAGGAAAUGACCAUUCCAUUUGUUAAUACAAACCAGAAACUGCAGAUAUGGAUUUGCAUGCCACGCUACAGUAUGUGUUACAGUGGUGUUGGUAUUGAGAGAAAGUGCUGCUUUUUUUUAUUUGUGACUUUCAAAGUGCUGUUUCAUUUAAAGACAGUGCAACAAAAUAAUGGACUAUAUUAUUUUUUCAAUUUAUUAAAGUUUAUUUUAACUUAAUCAGUGGUGCCUAGAAGGUGGAGAGUUAUUGAUUGGAUCAUGUUGCAUAUCAUUUAACCUUCUGUUUAAUUGUUUCGAGUGAGGUAUUGUGUCGUGCCAUACCACGAGAUUCUUCCACUCCCUAAUGUGAUGCAGUUACCUGUGGACCUCCAAUAAAAUGACAUCCUCUA